AAAAAAAAAAAAAAAAAAAAAAAAAAGACACUCCCCGCACCCUAACUCCAGUGGUACCACCACACUCCCUUUGUUUGCUGUGCUAGCCUGCUCCCAUCUUCCUCCUCCUCUCUCUCUUUCUCUUUUAUCUCAGAAAAAGCAAGAAGAAGAAGGAAGAGAAAAUGAGGGAGAAGAAGAAAAGGUUACAUUGCUUACAGCAGCUUCUGCUGGAAGCGCUUCUGCUUCUGGUCCGCCUCCGGUUUGCCGUCUGCUCUCCGGCUUCCUCCGGGCCGACUCUGGCGGACGACCUGAGCGCGCUGGCGGCGUUCCGGGGGGCGUCGGGCGGCCGGGCGGGGGCGCUGUCGAGCUGGAACCUGUCGGAGCCGUGGUCGGCGUGCGCGACGUGGGAGGGGGUGACGUGCGCGGGGGGCCGCGUGAGCCGGCUGGUGCUGGAGGGACUGUCCCUGUCCGGGCCGUCGGCGCUCCCCCACCUCGCCCGCCUCGACCGCCUCCGCGUGCUCAGCCUCAAGUCCAACCUCCUCUCCGGGCCCAUCCCCGACCUCUCCCCGCUCUCCACCACCCUCAAACUCCUCUUCCUCUCCCACAACGCCCUCUCCGGCCCCAUCCCCGACUCGCUCUUCAGCCUCACCCGCCUCUACCGCCUCGACCUCUCCUGCAACAACCUCUCCGGCCCGGUCCCCGUCGAGGGCCUCGACCGGCUCGACCGGCUGCUCACGCUCCGGCUCGACUCGAACCGGCUCUCCGGGCCCGUCUCCGCCCUCGCCCUCCCGCGCCUCCAGGACCUCAAUCUCUCCUCCAACCUCCUCUCCGGCGCCAUCCCCGCCGCGCUCGCCGCCUUCCCGGCCGCGUCGUUCGCCGCCAACGCCGCGCUCUGCGGCGCGCCGCUCCCGCCCUGCCGCGACUUCGCCAGCGACCCCACGCGCCCCUCGGCGAGGCCGCCGCCCCGCGUCCCCCCCGCCGCAGCCGUCGUCGCGUCCUCGCCCUCCUCCUCCGCCCCGCCCAGCCGCGGGGGGCGGGUGAGCCGCGCCGCCGUGGUGGGCAUCGUCGCCGGCGACUUCGCGCUCCUCGUGCUCGUCUCCGGCCUCCUGUUCUGCUACUUCUGGCGCAAGUUCGCCGCGGGGAGGAAGGCCCCCUCGCGGCUCCACGAGGGCGAGAAGAUCGUCUACUCCGCCAGCCCCUACGGCGGAGGCGGGGCCGGGUACGAGAGGGGCAAAAUGGUCUUCCUAGGCGACGGCUCCGGCUCUAAUAAGAGGUUCGAGCUCGAAGACCUGCUGCGGGCCUCCGCGGAGAUGCUGGGAAAGGGGAGCUACGGGACGGCGUACAAGGCGGUGCUCGACGACGGCAGCGUCGCGGCGGUGAAGCGGCUCCGCGACGUGCAGGUGUCCGGGAAGCGCGAAUUCGAGCAGCAUUUGGAGCAGCUCGGCCGCCUCCGCCACCCCAACCUCGUCCCCCUCACCGCCUACUACUACGCCCCCGACGAGAAGCUCCUCGUCUACGACUACAUGCCCAACGGCAGCCUCUUCUCCCUUCUCCACGGGAAUCGGGGGCCGGGGAGGACGCCGGUGGAUUGGGGGCUGCGAAUGCAGAUCGCGGCGGGGGCGGCGCGGGGGCUGGCGCACAUCCACCACGCGAGGCGAUCGCCGAAGCUGGCGCACGGGAACGUGAAGUCGACGAACGUGCUGCUCGACAAGGCGGGCAACGCGCGGCUCGCCGACUACGGCCUCGCGCUGAUGGUGCCCUCGGCGGGCGCCUCCCGCUCCGCGGGGUACCGCCCGCCCGAGGCGCCCCCGGCCGACGGGCGCCGCGCCUGGGCGACGCAGCGGGGCGACGUCUACGCGUUCGGCGUGCUGCUCCUGGAGCUGCUCACGGGGAGGCCUGCAGCUUCGGACAACGCCGGGGGAGGGGCCAUGGAUUUGCCGACAUGGGUGCAGUCGGUGGUCCGCGAGGAGUGGACGGCCGAGGUCUUCGACCUGGAGCUCAUGAGGUAUAAAGGGAUCGAGGAGGAGAUGGUGGGCAUGCUGCAGCUGGCGCUGCGGUGCACGGCGGCUGCGCCCGAGCAGCGGCCCAAGAUCGGGCAGGUCGUGAGGGUGAUCGACGAGGUCCGGGCCGCGUCCGCCGGCGGCGGAGAGGUCUCGCCUUCGCACGAAUCCUUCGACUCCAUCUCUGACUCGCCCUCUGUCUCCGAGGAUGCCGCCGCCGCCGGUGCUGCCAGCCAGUGAUGUCCUGUUUCUCUGGUCCAACGGUUCCAGUUCCAGUUCCUUCCAACGGCUUUGCUUUGUCUUCCCUCUUUUUAUUUUUUCCCAAGUUUUUUUUGGUCUGUGGUGUGAAUUAGCGGAUUUAUGUGUGCCCUUGGAUGAGAAAUGGACGAUGUAAAUUAUGGGUGGGUAUUGCUUUUUUGUUUUCUUUCUUUUUUAAUGUCGGGGGGGGCUUUUGGUUUGCUGAGAAAGGGUGCGACCAUUUUAUUACUGGGGCCGCGUUGGAUGCCCGCCCGAGGAGCUGGUGUGUCCUGUCUCCCAUGUGUCCGGCCGGAGUGGUCUCCAUAAUCAGCGGGUAGUGAUGUUGAUGCUUUGUGUGUACCGUUGCUAAAGAUAUAUUGUGCAAUCAUGACCGUCCGUUUUGGUCGAUUUUUUCUUUA